UCAGCCGGGCCCUGCCAGCGCCCGCUCACCGCCGAGUGGGCGUUAGGCUCCCGCGGCGCGAUGUCGGCACGGAGGCGGCGGAGGGCGGCUGGGGAGGAGGAGAAGGAGGAGGAAGAGGAGGAGGAGGCAGCGGGUAGCGACAAGGAAGUGGAUUUGGAGGAAAGACUUGUUGAAUUGGAUCUUAGAAGUGAUUCAGACAUUCCUGAUGUUCCUCCACCAACAGACAGCACUCCAGAAAUCCUCAAAAAGGCUUUGUCAGGCUUGUCUGCUAGAUGGAAAAAUUGGUGGAUCCGUGGAAUUCUCACUCUAGCUAUGAUUUCUGUGUUUUUUCUGAUCAUAUACUUGGGAUCAUUUAUGCUGAUGCUUUUGGUCUUAAGCAUCCAAGUGAAGUGUUACCAUGAAAUCAUUACUAUAGGUUACAGAGUCUACCACUCAUAUGAUUUACCAUGGUUUAGAUCCCUCAGCUGGUACUUCUUGCUGUGUGUGAACUACUUCUUUUAUGGGGAGACUGUAGCUGAUUACUUUGCUACAUUUGUUCAGAGAAGGGAACAGCUUCAAUUCCUAAUUCGUUACCACAGGUUUAUAUCUUUUGCACUCUAUUUAACAGGCUUCUGCAUGUUUGUUUUGAGUUUAGUGAAGAAGCAUUAUCGUCUGCAGUUUUACAUGUUCGCAUGGACUCAUGUCACUUUGCUGAUCACUGUAACUCAAUCUCAUCUUGUCAUCCAAAAUCUCUUUGAAGGCAUGAUCUGGUUUCUGGUUCCAAUUUCAAGUGUCAUCUGUAAUGAUAUUACUGCUUACAUUUUUGGAUUCUUCUUUGGCAGAACUCCAUUAAUUAAGCUGUCUCCCAAGAAGACCUGGGAAGGAUUCAUUGGAGGCUUCUUUUCCACAGUUGUAUUUGGAUUUGUUUUUUCCUAUUUUUUGGCUCAACAUCAGUACUUCGUCUGCCCUGUGGAAUAUAACAGUGAAACCAACAGGUUUGUGACCGAGUGUGAACCUUCAGAGCUCUUCCAGAUGAAGAAGUACUCUGUGCCACCAUUGCUUCAGGCUUUGUUGGGAUGGGAAACGGUGAAUAUGUACCCCUUUCAGAUGCACAGCAUUGCACUGUCAACAUUUGCCUCAUUAAUUGGGCCCUUUGGAGGAUUCUUUGCCAGUGGAUUUAAAAGAGCUUUCAAAAUCAAGGAUUUUGCAGACACAAUCCCUGGCCAUGGUGGGAUAAUGGAUCGCUUUGAUUGUCAGUACCUGAUGGCCACUUUUGUUCAUGUCUAUAUCACCAGUUUCAUAAGGGGUCCAAAUCCCAGCAAAUUACUGAAACAGCUGUUGAUACUUCAGCCUGAGCAACAACUGAGUGUGUAUAAAACCCUGAAAUCUCACCUUGUCGAAAAAGGGAUCUUGGAGCCAUCUCUGAGAGGGUAGCUUGGUAAAACAGAGGACCAGGAGAAACCUCCAUUUACAAGAAGCCUGUGGAAAAGCAUUGCAAAUCUGCACAUAGAUAAUACUAAAGGAAGAGCAGUUUGGUCUGGAAGAUGUGAAUGUUUCCUGAAAUUAAUGUGAAUGCUAUGACUGUAUUUUACUCCCAAAGUAACUAAAAUGCUUACAGAGUAACAGAAGUAACUUCUGCUGAAUGUUUUAGUUUCUCAAGUGGAUGGCAGCAGUCUUCCUUCAACACCCAGCCUGUUAGGCUUUGUAUUUGAAAAACUCCAAAACAUUCACUAUUAUUUUUCAUGAGUUAUUUAAUACUGUAAAUCCUAGCAACACUUUUCUGGCCUCCAGUAGUUACUGAAGCAUAAACAGAUGAGGCAGGUCACUUUUACAUAGCCCAGUGCUGAAAUUACAGUUGGCCAAACAAUACUUGUUAGCCUGGUCAAAGGGGUACUUACAUCCUGCUAUAUCAAACUACCUGCAUUUACUAAAUUGCUAUGAAGAUUAAACUUUGCUCUGUUUUUAGUUAAAUACCUUUUGUAUGAAACUAUUUCUUGCUUUCAAGAGAAAAAUAUUUUUCUUGAAAUGUAGCUGGACUGUUUAGGCUGGGGAGCUGCUGUUCUUUUUAUGUCAAUGUUAGGGAUUUUAAAAAAGCAUCUAUGUCCAAUAGUAGAGAUUACUUGAGAAAAUGUGAUUCUCCAACCCAGUGAAUAGAUGGAGGAGAACCUAGAGUUUAAGCCCUUGUUUUCCAUGGCCUGGUCAGUGUCUGAAGACAGUAAUGCAAGUCUUACUCCUUGUACCUCUUCCUUCUUUUUCCAUCUUUUUAAAA